AGUAUGUGUUAGUCCUUUGUUCAACCUGGGACUGUCCAGCUUGAUCAGGAAUGGCAGAAACAACGAACCCAGCCGCUACUUCGUUUCCAGCACCGACUAUUUCUUUGCCUCUUGGUGUGGAAAUAUUGAGGACGUAUUCUGGAGCCCUUAUUUGUUUGGAAAUUGUGUUUGGAGCACUGGUGUGGAUUUUAGUAGCAUCGACAAACGUGUCUGUGCCACUGUUGCAGGGAUGGGUGAUGUUCGUGUCAGUGACCAUGUUCAUUUGUUCAUCUGCAUACCUUGUCUUGUUUCUGCUGGGGUUGGCUGACAAGAUUAACACCGACUGGAAUUUCAUAGACAUGUUCUACCAUUUCAUCGCUUUGCUGUUUUAUUUUGGUGCAUUUUUACUGGAAGCUACAGUUUCUUCUUCUGCGGGUGUAUAUGGAAACACCACAUGUAUACAGAAACCCCGUGGCAAUAUAAUAACAUUUAUGGAUCAUCGAGAACACAACAUUAAUGUUGCAGCUACGAUAUUUGCAUUCAUAGUGACUGCAUGUUACGCCUGUAGCAUGAUCAUGGGCUUCAGGAGAUGGAGAAAAUAGUCCACAAUGGAGCAUACAUGACCAAUUCAUGAGACUAAUGUCUUCAAACGUCAGCUGGUGGUCAGAGAGGACCUUUAUUUUCCAGCAGUUAUUGAGUUGGUGUUUAGAUUUAUUUUUAUUGUUAAUAUGUUCAGUAUUUAUUAUUAUGAAUAUUUAUAUUAAUAUAACUUUACAUUAAUUUUAAUUAUAUUGUUUAUAUUCCUAAAAUCGCCACUGAACAAAUGUCAGGUGAUAUGUGCUGGAUAUAUGUGUCUGUGUGGGGGAAGGGCAACUUUGGUCCUUGAGGGCCAUUGACCCUUUUUACUUAUCUGGGUUUCUUAGCAGUGGAAGUCAACAUAGUUAAAACUCAGUGAAUUGGAGAGUACAACAGAUACAUGUUUUGCAUUCCUAUUUGUUCAAAUAAUAAAAGUAAAAACUCAA